AGAAUGCUGGCAUCGCCAGCCAAUUCAUGAUUUUGAUAUUUCCCUUUCGCAUCAGGAUCAUCCAGAAAACAAACACACUUCAGCCCUCACGUUCGCUGCAACUCAUCCCUCCCACCACAUUCGCUUGUGUGUAUCACUCUUAGGAAGCCCUCGUUGGCUCCUUCCGUUCGCUUUUGUGUCGUCCUCACUCAGCCCUAAUUCUCCCAAAAACCUAAAAGGCAAGCCUUCGGAGGAAAUCCCUUUCGCAGCCUUGACUCACAACAUACCUUCGUUGAACAACUUAAACCCACACAAUCGCUACGCAAUCACUACUCUUUGUGUGACGAUUAUAUCAGGCCGGAUUCUCCCUUGAUCUUCCGGAUCCUUAAAGACAUACCCAGCUUAUAUGCUUACUUGCUGCUCCAAGUCUGUCCAAGCUCACCUCGACAUCGGAAUACAGUUACGUUGCGUUCAGCCGCUGCGCCUUUAGAUCUGAUUGUUUUGUCAUUCAAGAAGAUAUUGAACCCGGCUGGCUCUUGCAGCCUUACCAUUACACUCGCUUGCAAAACUGUGAAGCUUGCAUAUAUCCGGCAGCCUCGGAGACCUUUUAGAUCUCUAGUACCUUCCCCUCUGUUGCCUCUUUCCCGCAACAUAUAAACUUUUUAGCUUUCUAUAUAUCCUAUUGACCUUACCUUUUCAACCUCGUUUCGACGUUGGCUUUCACUCGUUCAAGCCUUCGUCGUCAAUUAUUUACUCACUUUUUUUUAACUUCUUAUUUUCCCCAAGCCUUAUUCAAAAUGGCCGGACCUGGAGGUGGACCCCCUCGUAGGAGUCAUACCAAAUCUCGAAAGGGUUGUGAAACCUGUAAACGUAGACACAUCCGUUGCGACGAGAACUUUCCUCAAUGUCGAAACUGUACGAAACAUAACUGUCGCUGUCCAUAUAUGGAUAUGCCAGUACAGGAGGAACGAGCUGCCACGCCCGAGAAAGCAGACUUGUUAUGGACCCCGGAGAUUGAAGCAGACAUCGAGCGAUGGCAACAGACCGGGAACUUUCCCUUCCCUGAUCUAUACAUCUAUCCAGCUCCCAACCCUCAGUAUUUCAACUUCGAAGACCUUCGCCUCAUUCAUCAUGUUGCUUCUGUUUCCAGCGAGCUCAGCAUUCACGACGCAGGAAAUUUCACUAUUUGGACUCGACAGAUUCCACUCUUGCUUAAGAUUGGUUCGAGCUAUCCUUUCGUCAUGCACGCUUUACUCGCCUUGUCUGCAACUCAUCUAGCUUGGUUGACAGACUGCCCUCUCACAGCAAAUAUGGCAUAUAUUCAUCGUGGUAUUGCUCUCAAAGGCCUGCACGAAGCUAUUGGAGAGUUUUCUCGUCAAAAUUCAGAUGCAGUCUUGGGAGCUUCACUUCUCCUUUCUUGGCAAGCAACGGAAUGGCGUGGUUGGACCCAGCUCAUGCAUGGGACUUCAUCUGUCAUCGACGCUAUGCAACCCUGGAAAAUGGAAUCUCAGUUCGGUGAUUUUAUUGCAGAGCAAAGUACGUUCCCAACCGCACCGCCAUCUCCAGCGCCCGGCCAGAAGAAACUCAGUCAACCACGCAAGCAAGAUUUGGAUGCAUUGCAACGCGCCUAUGCUCAACUUCAAAAGGUUGAGGUCCAUUUGAAGAGUCACGGCGAAGACACCAAGGCCAUUCAACAACUUAUGAGUUUUGUUCGAGGUGUCCGAAAGGUAUCUCCAUCCCAUACCGCCGCCCAGCGAUUCGAGAUGCUCAAUCCACUUCGAGCUUGGUUAUUCUGGCUACCGGUUAUGUUCUUGCAGCAAACACGCGGAUCGCCUUCAGCGCUAGUCAUCCUUGCUCAUUACUAUACCAUUGCUUUGGUCGUGGAACCUCUAUUCCCUGAGGUCGGAGCAGCAUAUUUUGGCAGUCUUUCUUUGGGACCUAUCGAAGAGAUCGCUCGCCGAUUGUUCUCCAUCAACGUUUCGCAAACUUCUGAUUCCAACAUGCAAACACCUCUUCAUCUUAUGGAAUACCCCAUUGAUAUGGUUUCAAUGUUUAGAAGUCGUAUGGGUUGGGUUCAGCCAGAGCGUACAGCUUCUUUCCCGACAUUUUCACAUCAUAGUUACGGUAUGGAGGACAAUUUUAACACCAUGUCUCCUUACGGAAAUCCAGCUUUCACCUACAGCCAAGAGCAUAUCAUGACUAUGCCGCCAGAUCCGAUCUCUUCUGCAGCCAUUCCGCCAUUAACUCUCGAUCCAUACGCCAAUCAUUACUUGGGAAUCCCAUCGCCAAGUGGGUAUGGCGGGUACCAUAGUCCGGCAUCUUCGAAUUUUGGGGAGGGUUCAACGGUCUACAGCGAGCAUGGGGAAGAUUUUGCUCUGUAUGAGGGACAGGGCUCCGGCUCCAAUUUCGGCGGGUUUGUGCUUCCGACCGUGUGGAUAUAAACCUCGAACGAAGGCGAUUUAACAUUUACGACCAGGACCACUACAUCAUCUUUCAUUCGAGCCCAGGUCAUCUGCGGACCAGAACAAAACUGAACACUCCGACCAUAUGCAGCAACACAUGCAGCAUUUACCUCAAUUUCAACCUUAUACCUAUCAUCCUCAGCAUUUACCUCACUCUCAAUACGACAACACUCCGGUGGAUCCCAAGGGAAAAAACCGCGAGCUUUAAUAUCAAAUUAUCCCCGAAUUCCCCUUUUUGAAUAUGCGAAUACGCGCGCACCGUCGAGUUUUUACGAGAUUACACUUUAUGGAUCUCCUUAAGUAUUGCUUUUAAUAUCUACAUCAUCCUAACGACUCUCCUUUAUAUCCGACCAAUGAUUCACGAAGUUUACGAUUUUCUUUCGCUAUGCAUUCUUGUACGAAUACCAGCACCCACGAUCCUUUAUAUACCAAUACAGCAUCUUGCAUUGGGCGGCGUUUUUGGAUUGGGUUUGAGAAUUGGAGGAAUUAUUGAUUGGGCUGAGCUUUUGGGCUCAAUAAAUAGCCAUAAGUGGCUAUAAAAAUCAGUUGGCGUUACAGUUAAGAAUAGUAGCUAUCUCGUGUGUAGUGCGAUCAGGAUUAGAUUUGCAAACGUCUGGGGUUGCAAUGAUAAUGUGUCUAGAUAAUCCAUCAGAUUAAUCUGCCAGGAAAUCAAUCAAUCAAUCAAUUAAAUUAACAAA